CGGGAGGUUAUUCAUGUUGUUAUAAGUUUCGUUAAAAAGUUUGUUGAUGAUAAGAGUUUAGGUUAUAUGUUCAAAUAUUUAUUUUUUAUUGUUAGUGUUCAUUGACAUUUAUAAUUAAUAUUCUCUAAAAUUAAUUUUAAUUUAUUGAUGAGGAAAUGGCAAAUCAUUAUGAUAUACCAACUUGGGCUGGCAAGCCACCUGUCGGAACUCACUUAGAUGUAAUGAAGGAAGAUAAAUUGGUACAGAAGCUUAUGCUCGAUGAAAAAAAGUGCUACCUAUUUGGAAGAAACCCCCAGAUGAAUGAUAUAUGCAUCGAUCAUCAGUCUUGCUCCAGAGUUCAUGCUGCAUUUGUCUACCAUAAACAUCUUCAAAGAGCAUUUCUUGUAGAUCUUGGAAGCACUCAUGGCACAUUUAUUGGUUCAUUGCGACUUGAAUCACACAAACCUACUCAGCUACCUCCAGAUUCAACUUUUCAUUUUGGGGCUUCCACUAGGAACUACAUAAUGAGAGGUCGUCCUGGGGGUGGGGCAAGAGGAAUAAUUGAACAGUUGGAAGGAGCUGGUGAAACAGGAGAGGGUGCAGCCAUGCUGGGUCUACCUCAAACUUCUGCUGAAUUAGACAACUUGACUGAGUUUAAUACUGCCCACAACAGACGGAUAUCCAUGUUAGGAAUCGGAUCUGCUGAAGCAGAGGCUGCUGUCAGACCAAAGAGAAGACGGCGAUCGGUCACAUUUUCAGAAGAAGAGGAAGUAAUUAAUCCUGAGGAUGUUGACCCUUCUGUAGGAAGGUUUAGAGAUAUGGUUCACACAACUGUUAUUCCAACCAAGAGGAAUCGUUUUGAUGGAAUAGGCCCUACUUCAGGAUUGACUCAUGAAGAAGUAAAGUUUGUGCAUCUUAAACAUUUCUCACACCCAACAGCCCAACUUUAUACUGAUCUUCCACAUCCAGAUAAUACUCAACAGCAAUCAGUUUCUUUACCACAAACAUCUAGUUCGAUCCUAAGCAGUGUACUUGCAUCAAGAUUGGGAAUAUCCUUACCCAAUCCUGCACCAGAGGUUGAGAUGAUUAGGCAUGUAGCUGUUGCACCAGUUGUCGUCAAUCAGGUCGUGAAAGAAACUGAUACUGACAAUUCUCAGCCAAAGAAGAAAAAAUAUGCUAAGGAGUCCUGGCCAGGAAAAAAAACUGUUCCUACCCUACUUGUAUGACUGCAUCCAAUCUACGAAUAGGGAAAGCUCAUUUGUUUGUAAAUUAAAAAAUAUUUAAUGUGUUUAUCAAUCAGUUCAUUUGAAACUACAAAAUUGUUUUUAAAAAUUAAAAUAAAAAUUAUUGAAAAUAA